CCGAGAGGAGAGGAAAUUGCGGCCGCCCUGGAACCUGGAUAUCGCGCGAGGCAAGCUGCGCGCGGGCGGGCGGGCUAUGGCGCAGGCGGGUUGCGGGGCCGGCGCUGGUGGCGGGGCCCGGUGCAUGGCGGUCUGUCUGCGGAGUCGCCCUCGGGGGCUGUCAGAUUUGUGACCCAGAAGGCAAUCUGUUGGUGCUGGCCAGCAGCCAACUUCAUGUCUCAGUACACGAGCAGCAGUUUGCCAUGGAGAGCUUGGGGCUGCAGACGGUGACCCUCAGUGAUGGGACAACAGCCUAUGUCCAGCAAGCUGUCAAAGGAGAGAAGCUGCUUGAAGGGCAAGUGAUCCAGCUUGAGGACGGGACCACCGCAUACAUCCACCAAGUGACAGUGCAGAAAGAACCUCUCUCCUUUGAGGAUGGACAACCUGUGCAACUGGAAGACGGCAGCAUGGCCUACAUACACCGCACACCCAAAGAGGGCUAUGACCCCAGUGCCCUGGAAGCUGUCCAGCUGGAAGACGGCUCCACUGCCUACAUCCACCACCCUGUGGCUGUGCCAUCGGACAGCACCAUCCUGGCUGUGCAGACAGAGGUGGGCUUGGAAGACCUGGCAGCAGAGGAUGAGGAGGGCUUCAGUGCAGACACGGUGGUGGCUCUGGAGCAAUACGCCAGCAAGGUUCUGCAUGACAGCCAGACUCCCCAUAACGGCAAAGGGCAGCAGGUUGGAGACAGAGCGUUCCGCUGUGGCUACAAGGGCUGUGGGCGUCUCUACACCACUGCUCAUCACUUAAAGGUGCACGAACGAGCUCACACAGGUGACCGUCCAUACAGGUGUGACUUCCCCAGCUGUGGAAAGGCCUUUGCCACAGGCUACGGGCUGAAGAGCCACGUUCGCACCCACACCGGUGAGAAACCGUACAAGUGCCCAGAGGAGCUGUGCAGCAAGGCCUUCAAGACGUCAGGAGACCUGCAGAAGCACGUCCGUACCCACACCGGUGAACGCCCGUUCCGGUGCCCCUUUGAGGGCUGCGGCCGCUCCUUCACCACGUCUAACAUCCGCAAGGUACACGUGCGCACCCACACAGGCGAGCGGCCCUACACCUGCCCGGAGCCCCACUGUGGCCGCGGCUUCACCAGCGCGACCAACUACAAGAACCACGUGCGCAUCCACACAGGGGAGAAGCCAUACGUUUGCACGGUGCCAGGCUGUGGGAAGCGCUUCACCGAGUACUCGAGCCUGUACAAGCACCACGUGGUGCACACACACUGCAAGCCCUAUACCUGCAGCACCUGCGGCAAGACCUACCGGCAGACCUCCACCUUGGCCAUGCACAAGCGCAGCGCCCACGGCGAGCUGGAGGCCACAGAGGAGAGCGAGCAGGCCCUCUAUGAGCAGCAGCAGCUUGAGGCUGCCUCUGCUGCCGAGGAGAGCCCGCCACCCAAACGACCCCGCAUUGCUUACCUUUCGGAGGUGAAGGAAGAGGGUGAUGACAUCCCAGCCCAAGUGGCCAUGGUGACCGAGGAGGAUGGGGCCCCCCAGGUGGCUCUGAUCACUCAGGAUGGUGCCCAGCAGGUCAGCCUGUCCCCGGAAGACCUGCAGGCCCUGGGGAGUGCCAUCAGUAUGGUGACCCAGCAUGGCAGUACCACCCUCACCAUCCCCAGUCAUGAAGACGACCUGGCCGCAUCUGGCGCACAUACGGUCACCAUGGUCAGCGCCGAUGGCACCCAGACGCAGCCCGUCACAAUCAUUACCUCUGGGGCUGUGGUAGCUGAGGACUCAAGUGUAGCAUCCCUUCAUCAUCAACAGGUGGCGUUGCUGGCCACAGCCAAUGGCACGCACAUUGCGGUGCAGCUGGAGGAGCAGCAGACUUUGGAGGAAGCCAUCAGCGUGGCCACCGCUGCCAUGCAGCAAGGGGCCGUGGCCCUGAAGACCACAGUGUCGGAGAGCGGCUGCUGAGCGCAAGAGGGCUGGGUCCUGCGCCAUGAUAGAGGAGGUGUCAUGCUACACAGGCAUUCUUGCUUCCAGGGGCCCAGGCUGUGGCUGCCACACGUGGAAGGUGGCCACAUAGGUCUCCAGGGCAAGAAGGCGGCAGGCAAACAGCCUAACUGGCGGGCGCCCCACCCAAGAGGAGGGCCAGGCGGCCAGAACUGGGGAGCAUGUCAUCCUUGGGAGCUGAGAACGAGCCUGAUCACCAGGCUGCACUGGGGUACCCUCCCCUCAAAAUCAGUGGGGUGUCCUUCUAGAGAACACCCUUCCUGCCCUCAGUCCACUCCCCUUCUCAGGUGGAAAUCGGGGCUGCCGCGGGGACUGGCCCUGCGCCCUGACGGUCAUUGCCUGCCGGGGGAGGGGCAGGCAGCUCUUCCGCCCCGUGGGAGCAGAGCAGGCCCAGCCCUGCCCUCCCAGCAAUAACCACCUCCCUUGAGGCCAGCCAGGAUGCCGGGCUACUUGGCACAGGGGCUUCCUGCCACCGCAGUCAGAAUUAAUUCCUCAGGGGCCUGUGGCUGGAGAAAAGGUGCCCGGCCCCCACCACCCCCAGCUGCCCCCCAGCCUCUCUGUGGCAGAGAGGCAGGGAGCAGCCCUGUAAAUAGACUGCAGCGGAUUGGGUUUAAUUUGUUUAGUUUUUUUAAUUCCAUUUUGAUAAUUUUUUUUUUCCUGCUCUGGGUGAUGGUGGCAGAUGGGUGAAUGAGUAUUUAAUAAAAGUUCCGAGUUUCUACC